AUUAUCUUGGUAGUUGUAUGUUAAAUAUCUUCGUAUUUAUACUUCUGGAACAUAAGUUAAUAUUAUACAUUAAAAUUAUUAUAUUUUUAUUAUUAAUUUCAGUAUUUUGUUUGAUAAAUACAAAAAAGUUUAAAAACUUUAAAAAUGCCUCGAAUUAUGAUCAAAGGUGGUGUUUGGCGGAACACCGAGGAUGAAAUUCUUAAAGCUGCUGUUAUGAAAUAUGGAAAAAAUCAAUGGUCACGAAUUGCAUCAUUAUUACAUCGAAAGUCCGCUAAGCAAUGUAAAGCUCGUUGGUUUGAAUGGCUUGAUCCCAGUAUUAAAAAAACAGAAUGGAGUCGAGAAGAAGAUGAAAAACUCUUGCAUCUUGCAAAACUUAUGCCAACCCAAUGGCGUACUAUUGCACCAAUUGUAGGUCGAACUGCUUCUCAAUGUUUGGAAAGAUAUGAAUACUUAUUAGAUCAAGCUCAAAGAAAAGAAGAUGGAGAAGAAGUUGGAGAAGAUCCAAGAAAACUGAAACCAGGAGAAAUAGAUCCUAAUCCUGAAACUAAACCAGCUCGUCCAGAUCCUAAAGAUAUGGAUGAAGAUGAAUUGGAAAUGCUAUCUGAAGCUAGAGCUCGAUUAGCUAAUACUCAAGGUAAAAAAGCAAAACGUAAGGCUCGUGAAAAGCAGUUAGAAGAAGCCCGUAGACUUGCAGCACUUCAAAAACGUAGAGAGUUACGAGCUGCUGGUAUAGGUGUAGGUAGAGGUAAUAAAAGAAGACGAGGUAUUGAUUAUAAUGCUGAAAUACCGUUUGAAAAAAAGCCAGCUUUAGGAUUUUAUGAUACUGCUAAUGAAGAGGUUGAUCCAUUAGCACCAGAUUUUAGAAAAUUACGACAGCAAAAUUUAGAUGGUGAAUUACGAGUAGAAAUAGAAGAAAGAGAAAGAAAGAAAGAUAAAGCUAAGUUAAAGCAACGAAAAGAAAAUGAGGUCCCUUUAGCUUUAUUGAAUAAUCAAGAGCCAAUAAGAAAAAUGAGCAAACUUGUAUUACCAGAACCUCAAAUAUCUGAUCAAGAACUACAACAAGUGGUUAAACUUGGAAGAGCUAGUGAGGUUGCUCGAGAAAUAGCAAUGGAAAAUGGUGUUCAGCAAGCUUCAGAUGCACUUCUCUCUGACUAUACACCAUCAAUAAAUAAUAUUCCUGGUCGCACACCUCGAACUCCAUCUGUGUCAACAGAUAAAGUUUUACAAGAUGCUCAAAAUAUUAUGGCUUUAACACAUGUAGAUACCCCACUUAAAGGUGGGUUAAAUACUGAGCUUCAGAAUGUUGAUUUUAGCAGUGUAACUCCUCAAAGACAAAUUAUUACCACUCCAAAUACUAUCUUAGGAACACCACAUACACAACAGUUAAAUGAUAGUUUCCAAACUCCUCAAAGUAAUAGAUCAGUUGUAAAGUCUGGUAUAGCUACACCUACACCACUAAGAGAUCAAUUAAGUAUUAAUCAGUUGGACUCUAUGGACAUGGAUAUUAUUAAUACACCUCAAGCUAUGAAAAAUUUUCAUCAUCAGCAAAAAGAACAGCUCAAAGUGGGUUUAAGUACUCUACCCCAACCAAAAAAUGAUUUUGAAAUUGUUGUUCCUGAAGAUCAACCAGAAGAAGAAGAGAGUAAUGAACAGAAGGACUUUAUCGAAGAUCAGUCUGAUGUUGAAAUGCGUAGUGCAGAAGAAAUUAUGGCUCGUCGAAAAAUGGAAAUGAAAUUGAGAUCUCAAGUCAUUCAAAGAAAUUUACCUCGUCCUCCAGAUACAAAUAUUGUUCUGAGGCCUUUAAAUUCUGAACCACCUCUUACUGAUCUUCAGAAGGCUGAAGAAUUAAUAAAACAAGAAAUGAUUACAAUGCUGCAUUAUGAUGCAGUUCGUAACCCUCUUCCUCCAGAAGUAGCAACACUCACACAAAGUGGGCCAAAGAAACAACCUAUAUUAACUGAAGGUCAACAUUUAGCAUAUUUACAAACACAUCCAUAUCAACAUUUUACCGAAGAAGAAAUAGAAAAUGCAAGAAAAAUGUUGAAAAAAGAAAUGGAAGUAGUUAAAUAUGGUAUGAAUCAUGGUGAAUUGUCUUUAGAUUCAUUUACUCAAGUAUGGGGUGAAUGUUUGGGUCAAGUACUAUUUUUACCUAAUCAAAAUCGUUAUACAAGAGCUAACUUAGCAAGUAAAAAGGAUCGAAUUGAGUCAUUAGAAAAAAAACUUGAACAGAACAGAGGUCAUAUGACUAAAGAAGCUAAAAAAGCUGGAAAAAUGGAAAAAAAAAUAAAAAUUAUUCUUGGUGGUUAUCAAACACGUUCUCAAGGACUUAUUAAACAGUUUACAACACUUGUAGAUGAGAUUGAGCAGGCUUAUUUAGAGCUAUCUACUUUUAAAUUUUUACAACAGCAAGAAGAAGCAGCUAUUCCUAAACGUUUACAGUCUUUGACUGAUGACGUUGAACGACAAAAAGAUCGAGAGAAAAUGUUGCAGCAAAAAUAUUUAGAUUUAGAGAUACGAUGGAAAGAAUUACAAACUAAAGACGAAGAAUUUGCUAAAGAGACUUCUAUCAAUGUUUAAUGAUUCUCAUUAUGCAUGCUAUUCACUAUUAAUAAAAAUUAAUGCUAGAUGA